CCACAACAUUCGCCAUCUUGCUGAAUUUAUUUAGAUCCAAACCACAAUUUUUGUUCGCCUCAAUUUUCAUUGUUUUCAGUCGAAACACAUAAGACAUGACUUCCGAUUCAAGAACUGUUUUUGGAGCAACAUCAUCCAGACCAGAACUUCAGUGUCCAGCUGCAGCAACUGUACAACAGUUUGAUGAUAGGGAAUGGAAAUCCAAUCUAUUCAAAAAUUUAAGUCAGUGUACAGAUGUCAUUCACCAAGAGGAACAUUGUUCAUCUGCCCUGAAGGAAGCUGGCUUUGCUUCACCAGAAACACCAUUUUUAUUGCAGUUAGAGAAGUCACUUCUUGAUAUAGCUUUGCCAGCCUUAUCUGACGGGACCUUUUACUGUUCAUUGUUCAAAAUUGAGAACAACUGCUACUGUAGAUUUUUUGAAAGUGGUGUUUUGGAAGGUUAUUUUUUAGCUGAAGGUAUAAGAUAUGUAAAAUCUUACAUGGAAGAGAAUUUUGACAAUAUUUCAAUGGGAAAGUUCAUUUGGUGCCAAGUUUCAACCCCAGAAGACAUAACGCAGUACCAUCAAAGAUAUGCUAAAAGAUUGGACAGAAAAAGAAGUCAUAAGGCUAUAAGUCAACCCUCUGCAGAUAUUGGGCGAAGAUUUAAUUAUUUGAUGACAAAAAAUAAAGGAAGUGUUGUGAAUGCACACAGAAAUCUUUUGGCCAAGGCACAAACAUUAAGUCCAACAUCAGAAAACCUCCAGUUUCUUGGAACUGUUUUGCAUGUAAUUAAAAAGAAUUCCCACAAAGAAACAAAUCAGUUAUUAGCAAGGUACCAUGAGGCUACAGGUGCAUUUAGAUCGGCCUCACAUACAUGGGAAAACUCCUUUCAGCAGUAUAGAGUGAAUGGUGUACCCCAACAUCUACCUGAAUUUUCAUCUCUAUUAGAUACUCCAAGAAGUUCACAUUUCACUUGGCAUGAGAAGUGCAUGAUAAUAUCGGCUAUCCCCAACAACCAUUACUGGGAUGAAGUAGAUCAGGCCCAUGUGGGAUAUGCUAGGAUGCUGUCUGUUAGAGAUGAAGUAGGGAAGAAGAAACCAGCAUCUUUAAGGAAUUUAAUAUUACUCCACUGCAGAGACAAAGAUUUUGGGACCAUCUAUCAGCUAGUUAAAAGGUACAAGAACCCAGCAACAGAAACAUCUGCAAUCCAGAGUACGGUAAACCAAACCUCAAAUUACACCGAUGUUAGCCAACCUGAAGAACAAAGAUCUGCUAGAACCCGACGCAAAGCUCUUACAGAGGAAGACAUUCUUAGAAAUUUGACCAUCUUAAAUCCAGAUUUUAUUGAAGAAAACAGAUCCACAGAAAAUUCAUUGUACCAACAGUAUAAAACUGCUCAAAUAGAAACAGGAACCCUUCAAUGGAGACUUCACAAACCCCACAUUGACAUAUUAUGCAUGAAUGAUAUCAACAUGAAUACUGGAACUAUAUAUGACUUUUCUUAUGUUCAUAUGACUAGAACUUUGGAAGGAAAUGAACUACAUUAUAAUUGUACUUGUAAACUAUAUGCCACCCUUCUUCAACUUGCAACUUUAAAUGACAAUCUUGAUGCUGAAAUCUAUGAUGUUAAUAUUCGAUGCUGCCAUAUUCGUCUUUUUAAGGAAGUGAUUGAACCAAUUUUUGUUAAUGUUUUUACUCCAGAAUCCAUUCCACAACCAACUAAAAGUCAAGAAAUUGUUAUUAAAUCUUUAGAACUGCUGGACAAACCUGUUUGUAUUUUGCCAUCAACAUUGAAAACCAAGAAAUUUACCGUAAGAGACGAAAAUGAUACUGAAUCCUGUAAUUUUGUUCACCUAUCCAAAAACCGUUUAAUAUGUCAAUCUGGGGAAUGCCAAACAAUAUAUGGAUGUUCUCAAAGAAAAAUAAUAUAUCUGGAAGAAACUACCAAUAUAUGUCCUCAUCUUGAUGCCAUGAAGAAGAACAGAAAUUUAUGGUUAGUUAAUCUGGAUAACAUGGAGGAAUACAAUGAUGACGAAGACGAUGAUCAGUUUAACAACCAACCGAACCCGGAUGAUGAUGAUGAUGCAGAACUCAAUGAACCUGUGCAAACAGAUAGAAUUUCACAGGAUGGCGUUUUCAAAGAAAACACAGGGUUAUGGGAUUUUCCAAGCUUAAGUCAACACCCACCGAAACAGGACAAUGAUUCUAGCUUUAGAGAGGCCAUACAGUUGAGACAUGCUAUAUUUGAUGGAGCUAAAGAUAUUCACAGAGAUAGUUCAGGAUGUUUUACUGGGCAAACACUGGUUUUGUGUCCUCCUCUACCAUUGGAUAAUUGUCCAUGUGGGACUGGUUACUACAGCGAGAUGUUCCCAGAGGGAAAAUUGUCAGAAGUAAGGUAUAGACCAACAGUGUACCUGACAAAUGGACCUGCAAGAUAUGUUGUCAGAGAUCGUGAAUGCCUUGCUGGAUGUCCAGGAUGCUUGGUGAAGUAUAGUGGUGCAAUCAACAGCCUCCAUUUUUUGUCAAAAGAAACUGCUGCUGGAGAUGAAAUCGGAUGGGAUUUUAUUGAUCAUGCUCUUAACACACAUGUCACAUUUAGUGCUUUUUGUAAAAUUAUGUCUAACAAAUAUUCCAGAAUUUAUUCUUCUGCUAAAUUUAUGUCUGUUCAAACUUUUAUUUCUUGGUGGUUUGCAUGGAGUAGCAAAUUUAAAAUUGACUUCCGAAAGCAGUGUUACAUAUGUAAAAGUAAUCCGAAAUUCCUGGCUUGUGAUGGUACAAAAAUUGGUAUUAGUUUUCGUCAAUCAAAUGUUAAACCAAUUGAAACACCUGAACCAACCGCUGAAUUGAUUGAUCCUUGUCACAGGAGAAAUGAUAGAGCAUUUCUGCGUUUCCAUGCUGAUUUACCAAAUGAAAAUGACAACAUACGAAAAUGUAGAGAUCAUCUAGCAUACCUUGCACGAAAACGAUUAGGAUUAACAGGAGCAAAUGACAUCUUAAAUUUUCAGACAGAAACUGAUCGAACAGAGAAUUUAAUAAACACUGUAGAUGAAAAGUGCAAAGAUAUUAUCCGAAGAUUUUAUUGCAAUGAGUACCCUGAUGUUCUGAUGAAAAAGUUAUCCAUUAUAUUUAAAGGUUUAUCAUCAAAUCAUUCACUUUCUGCUUUUAUUCCUUUCAGAUACACUGAAUUAUUUAUGUCCAUUCUAAAUGAAAUUAAGAAUGGUGACUGCAGCAGACUGAACUUGGUUUCUGAAUUUUCACCAGAAAUCAGAGAUGUUCUGAAUGCUGCUCAAUCUAACAGAAAUAAUCUAACAGAUGUUAUUAGUUUUUUUCAGUAUCUGACGUCUAGGGUUGAUGAAAUUAAACAGCUAAAUAAGCCAGCAGCUCCAGCAAAUCCACAGCAUGGUUCUUAUAAUCCAACAAAAAAUGGUGUGGCAUACUACUUCACCCCAUCUGGAGAGAAACAACGAGACUUGCCAAAGUAUACAAUGAAUGACAAAGCCCAUUCGAAAAAUUAUGACGAUCUUCCUGCCAGAGCCAAUGAACAGUGCAAUAAGAUUUAUCCUGAGGUUUCCCGGAAAGGCACAACAUAUUUGUUUUUAUGGUUUGACCCUAAACAUUAUGGUCAUUGCUAUGGAUUUCACAUUAUUCCUGGCUCCGAGGGAAGGAAAGAUCCCUUCUCAUCUGCCUACUGUUAUCUGGAAGAGGCACCAGAAGAAGUUUUUUAUGAUUUUUCAUGUCAGUUAGAAGAGUAUUGUUUGAAUAGAGAACCUGGAUUCUGGGAAAAUACUCGAUUCUGGCAUGAUCUGUUUCAUGGAUAUUCUCACAAGUGUCCUUAUUGUUACAAAUCACAGAGACUUGCUCCUUUACAAGGACUUAAUACUGAAAUAUGUGAACAGUUCAAUUCUUUUAUACAGAAAAUUAAAUAUUCUGCUAGAUCCAUGACAUUAGAGAAAUUCUGUUUUUAUUUACAGUUUAUGAUUUACCACUGGUGUGAGAGGAAACGGGAAGCUUUUGAAAAAAGAUGUGGUAUUGCAGCUGCAUAUCUUGCCUAGAAAAAUAUUUGGUUGCGUGUUCUAUAUUAUCACCGUUCAUUGCCAGAACUAUUUACUAGACUUUUGAAAUGAACAAGUUUGUACAGUUAUUUUGUGAAUAAAAGCAAAAGACUUCUGCAAUUGCAGUGUAAUGGGGCUGUACAAGUCUGUAAAUUAUCUUAAAGUAAGAUUUAUUUUAGUUUUUUUAUCUUUCAAUAACUAUUAAACCAAAAAAAAAUAAUCAGAACUGAUGAUUGGUUUUGGAUACAAUAUAAUUAAUUUCAUCAGUAUACUGACUUUUCUGGUUAAUCUUUUGUGUUGAUAUUAAGAUACAAAUUCAGACAAAAAUUCAUUUAGAAUUACUUUCUGGUGUUGUUUCAUACUUGUAUAUUUCAAUUUUAACUGUAUGAUCAUAUGAAUCAUAUUUCUUCAGUCAUUUGUUUAACCCUGUUAAUUUUUUUUUAUCAAUAUUGUCACUUAGAUAAUCAAAAUAACUGUACAAACUAAUUUUGCUUCAUACUCUGAUAAUGAUCUGAUUAGCUGGUAAUGAAGGUGCUUUAUCUAAUAGUGUUAUUUCAAGAGACUGAUAAUGGGUACCUUCAUUGUAUAAGUUGGCAAGUCAAGAAAAGUUCACGAUGCUAGCGGUAAGUCUUCUUGACAUUUAUAUUUUUUAAGCCAUAGUCUUUAUGUUGAGUCAAUGAGGUGGCAAAAUUGCAAAAUUUUAUGAGGUUAUUUAUUUAAAUACCAGUCUCAGGCAAAACAAAAGGAUUAAGAUUGGUAUUUGCUUCGCACAUUUUUAUAAGGAAAACAAUGCAAUGUCUAGUUCGUUCUAAAGGACAAUUUUUAAUGAUCAGGUUGUCAUUUAAAAAAGCGGCGACAAUAAAACAGAGCCAAGACAACUUAUCUUCAAGCAUAUUGAAGCCAAAUUAUAUUUUUGAGAUUCAUUAUUGCUUUCAAUCGUAGAGGUAGCUUCAGAGAAAAACUUUUUAUUUUAUAUGUUUUUCUGCUCUUUUGUUGUUCUAUAUUUUCAGGGACAUCUAAUAUGAAAAGAAAAGUAACCACAGUGCCUUCUGUGUUUAAGAAAAGUACAGACCAAAAGAAGAAAGUGAAGGACAGUGGUGUAAAACCAGAUGGAAUUCAUUUACAAUUUUUGUAAUCUUUUUACUUACUGUUAUUGUUCUUUUGUAAUUGAUUAGCUACAUGCAGUUUAUAGUAUAUUAUAUAUUAUAGUAUAUUCUAAAAUUAUUCCAAUGUAAGAGAUUUAUUUGUGUAGGAAAAAAUCUUGAUUACCUUAUAAAAUGUCUCAAAAUAAGCCAUUCCUUCCUACCCUCACACUUCUGUUAUAGGCCAUUUUUAUCAAUUUGUUGCAAAAUUAUAUUGUACAUAUUUUGAUAGUUGUAAAUUCGAUUGUUUAAACUUGUUCAUUGUUAAUGUAUUUUAUUGUAAUUUUUUUAAAAGUCCAUUCUAAACUCAAACUACUUAAUUGGUAGUUUUAAUUAUAUUAAUGUUAACUUUUAACUAUUGUUAGUUUUUAUAAUUUAAUUUAAAUAUUUGAUUUUCUCAUUUCCAUUAUUAAUAUUUUUUGGUAACUAGCUAACUGUAUGUUCUAACUAAUUUGUUGUAUCGUGUAUUCAUGUAUGAAAAGUUUUGUUCUGUUUUGCGUAAACUUUGAUUUAAAUGUCUGAUACAAAAUGUUUCCCCUUUUCUGUGACAUAUGUUAGGUAUCUUAAGUAGCAAUCAUGUAUGUUUGGAACCAAAACUUUGGUCAAAGAUUAACCUAGCUUUAAUAUUGUUUUAUACUAUUCCACACUUUAUAAUCUGAAAAUAUACAAUUGAGAUUCAAAACAAUUGCAAUAUGGAUACAUGUUUCUGAUAUAGUUGUAAUUAGGUACCCUGCAUUCAACAAUAGGAAAGACAGACAUACAACAAAUUUUUAUUCGUUGAAACCAAGAAUUAUGUGAAAACUGUAACAGUUAUCAGUCUCAAGGAUAUGCAUUCUUUUUAAUAUUUCAUUAUUCCUAUUUGUGCAAACUAAAACUAUUCAUUUAAAUUAUGUCUGUCACACUGGCUACAUAGCAGAUUUCAUGACAUGCCACCAGGGCCUUGGUAGAACGUAAAUUAUGACACCCAAGAGACAUUAUUACUUUCGUCUGGUAUGCAAAUGACUUUUAUUCGAUUCAAUGAAAACUUGCACCAACUACUAUAACAGUUAUCUUUAUCCAUCUUCCUAAAUAUUUAACUUUUAACUUAUUUAACUAUUGUAGUGCAUAUUCUAGAAUUAUUUUUUUUUUUUCGUGUAAAUCUUUUUACUUCAUUGUGUAACUACUUAUUGAUUACAAACUGGGAACUUUUUACUUUCUACAAUCUGUUUUCAUUGAUUCCUAAUUUUCCUUUUUGGACAGUGAUGUUUCUUUGGUCCCUUCUUAAGAUGUGUAUAUUCCUGAAUCAUUUCCAAAUAUAUCUGGUUAUCUGUUACGAAAGGGAAAUUUAAACUCGCAUAUGUAUACACAAAUGAGUGCAAUUAAAACCAACCAUCAGAGGUUAUAUUAAGAGAUUUCUAAACACUAGCUUUGAACUAUAAAAGUUCUUAUAAAGUACUUUAGUGAUAUCAGAUGCUUAAAUAGUGAGUACAUCCCGUCUUUCAAGCAACACAUUUAAAAUUGCUAUGUGGUCAUUGCCUGCAAUAUUCAAAUUUUGUAGGUGUCAAGUAUAGUAAGAGAAAUAGAACCACUUUGUGAGAUCAGCCUCUUUUCAAAAAAGAAACGGACUUAUUUGUGAUCAACCUGUAAUGUGUCAGUAAAACUAUUUUAGUCAUGAAAUCAGUUAAGGCUGAUGUCGCACUUGCAAAUUAUUCAUUAAGAAAUGGAGACCACUUUAUCUUGAUAAAAGUUUCUUGUUACAUAUAUUUAUUCUCAAUAUAUAUUUUUUUUAAAUUAAUUUCCUUGCAAAGAAUUCAUUGUUUAAUUGUUGAUGAGUCAAAGGUAUCACAGUCUGGAAACCCUUUGUAUUGUAUAUAGUUUUACAUGACAAAGGGAGGUGAUUGAUAUAUAUAUAUAUAUAUAGUAAGAUUGUUGUUCCCUUGAGGAUGUAUGAUUUAUGAUUAUACUUUAUUUUCAAGAUCAAAGUGAUAUUUACCAAAUAAUGUUAUCUGAUUAUAUGCUUUGUAUGAAUAACUAUUCAAUUCUUAAUAAAGCCAUUAUUGAUUAUUAAAAGAUAAAUUGUU